CAAAGUGCCCAGGCACCCUGUUGGUAUUCCAGUUAGUGUCUUUUGCGGUCAGGAUAAAAAAGGAAGAGAAGUGCUCAGGGUCACGUGGGUGUCAGUCACCACAGGUACAGAGCUGGGCUUGGGACCAGCCAGGUGUACCCGCCCUGCGUCUCUCCCGCUUAGGAACCGACAAGCCACAAGAGACAGGAGAAGAUCGAGGCGAGGGACAGGAAGGUCAUCCCGAUCCCAGCCUCACCACACUGGCACGUCUGGGCGCGGCGUUUGCAGGGGACCGGACAGCACAGCCACAUUGCCUGGGCUCCGCCACGCGCCCGCGCCGCACCGAGCCGACUCCGAGGCGCCGCGGGCUUGAGGUUGCUGCUUAGGGAGAGGCCGACGAGUGGAAGUUGCAUUCUGGACAGCCCGGGCUGUGAUGCUGUGAAGAACUGAAGAGCUCCGAGCCAACGCUCGGCCGAGCUUCCCUCCCGGAUCCUGGGCAGAGACCGCCCCCGAGCUGGCGCUGACAUUAGUCUGCACCGCUCAACGGCGACCCUCGUCUCCGCUGCCCUAGUUGCGGCCGCUCUGCACCCCUAGAGACUCAGGUCGUGGCGGGCUGACCGCACACCGGGGAUUUGCACGCUUGGGUGAGUCCCUGGUCGUCCUCGGCCAUCCCGGUUGCCGUGGAGAACCUGUUUACCCUGCGAACUUGAGACGUGACCAAGGGAGGCCAGUCUGCCUUGCAAGGCUGUGCUUCCGAUGGCCAGGCGGAUAAUUGGUCAUUCAGAGCCCAAGGGGAGCAGCUCAGAGGCUUAAAGAGCCUGUAUUUCCUUCAGUAACUCACCCUGAGCGUCAGGUCCUUCGAAGGGCUAGGGAUGGCUCUCACUGACUUCACUCCUGCUCCUUUCAUGUGUGUUACAUGUAUGUUACGUAUGUGUUGAGAGAGUCAUGAGAAACAGCCGUCGCUCUCUGAGGAAAGAAACUGCCGUGGUUUACAAGACAAGAAGUAACUGGCUGUGAUCGCAAGAUGAUCCAGGAUGGAGCCUGAAGCUGCCCAGCUGGAGAAGCAGCAUGUGCACGAUGUAUAUGAGAGCACUGCCCCCUACUUCAGUGACCUACAGAGCAAAGCCUGGCCGCGAGUCCGCCAGUUCCUGCAGGACCAGAAACCAGGCAGCCUCAUCGCUGACAUUGGUUGUGGAACUGGAAAGUAUCUAAAAGUGAAUAGCCAAGUACAUACCCUGGGCUGUGACUACUGUGGGCCUCUGGUAGAGAUUGCCCGGAAUAGAGGGUGUGAAGUCAUGGUAUGUGACAACCUUAAUCUCCCCUUUAGGGACCAGGGCUUCGAUGCUAUCAUCUCCAUAGGAGUCAUACAUCAUUUUUCUACAAAACAAAGAAGAAUUAGAGCGAUAAAGGAAAUGGCCAGGGUCUUAGCUCCCGGAGGCCAACUGAUGAUUUACGUUUGGGCAAUGGAACAGAAGAACCGACACUUCGAGAAGCAGGACGUGCUUGUGCCAUGGAACCGUGCAUUCUGUUCCGGGCUGCUCUCAGAAUCCCACCAGUCCUGGGGGCAUCAGUGUGGGCAUCCCAUGAGCCAAGGCUACCAGGGCCCUGGCUCUGCAUGCGGCUGCGCAGUGUGUUUUCAGGGCAGAUGCGAUUCCAAGCGGUCCCACAGCAUGGACUACGGGCCUGCGGCGGCAAGAACCUCCCAUGAAGAUAUAUCGAAGGAAGAUGAGGAAGAGAAUGGAUUGUAUAACAAUUUUGGAAAAUCUUUUCGCUCCUGGUUUUUCUCCAGGUCUUUGGAUGAAUCAACCCUGAGGAAACAAAUUGAAAGAGCCAGACCCAUGAAAAUCACAGAGGGUUGGGCCAACAGCACUGUGUCCCGUCAGCCUUCCAGACACUCCAGCUUAGACUUCCAUCCCCAGGAACCGUUUUCAGCAAAAGGACCAAACUUAGAUGAAGUGUUUGUAGACACAACUUCACAAAGCCACGUCGGCUGGCUGGGAGCAACCGGCGCUUCAGAGAAUUUCCGUGGACACGAGGGAGGAGUGGGCGGGGGGAAGGAGGGAAGCGAUUUUCUGGACGCCACUGACACCAGAGACAGUGUGACUGCAGGUCAUGCCAGUGAUCCUUCUGCCAGAAAAAUGCUAAAGAGAGUUUCUGCAUUCGACUCAACAGAUCCCAAACCAGAAGACCCAAGCUAUGAGGAGGAGCAGCGGGAUGCCCCGGAUUCCAGAGCCUUCAUGCGCUACUACCACGUGUUCCGGGAAGGUGAGCUGUCUGGACUGCUGCAGGAGAGUGUGUCCGAGCUGCAGGUUCUGAGUGCCAGCAAUGACCAUGGCAACUGGUGCAUCAUCGCAGAGAAAAGGGGGAGCUGGGAAUAAUUGCAUCACACGGGGCAGAGGCAUUUGAGGUGCCCCUCCCACCUCCAGUGUCAUCUGUCCACUGGGACUUACGUGGGCACCCGAAUCACCAUCCUGUUUCAUUGUUUUCAAAUCCAGGUACGAGAUGGUCCUUGGGCACUUUGACCUGGUCCUCUGGAUAGUUGAGUAAGCACAGAACCUGGGGCUUACUGCAUUCGCCGCAGGGUGUGCCUGCUGAAAUGUCAAUAAAGGAAUCUGAGGAAGCAAUAGAACACACUUCAGUACAGGCUUGAUUUUAUUGCUCCCGGAGAGGAAAAUAUUAUAAUACGACUGUGUCAAAUGUCAGUAUUAUCUUUGGGUUUUUAAAUAUUCUAAUAUUCUGCUGUUAAAUAUACCUUUGAGAAGCAGUAUUUUUUUAUAUAGAUAAAUUAUGUUGGCCCUCAGGUGGUUACUUGUAACAGUGUGAGGUAACAAGGACAUCUGUUCAGCUGCUGGGUGUGAAUUCGUUGAGGCUCACUGUGGGAGUGUCUUGUUUCCAGGCUUUGCUUCUAUCUACUUCAAGCCUUCAGAGAAGUUGAUAUGAUGCAGAGAAACACAAGUAUUGCCCCAGACUCUCUAAACCACAUGCAAAUGUCCUUCAGGGUGGUGACUGUAAAUAAUACUGUCUUCAGUGUUGCUUCAAAGGUUUUUAAAGGCACUGUUAGCAGAGGGUGUGGCUCAGAGUUAGAGGAAGCAGCUAGCAUGGCCAAGAAUCAGCAUCCAUGCACAGAUAGAAGAAAAAGAAUAAAAACUGUUAGCAUGCAGACAGCAUUAGAUGUAAUAAGUCUUCUGGUGGCAUUUUCCCCAAACGUAUUAGAAGCAUAAAUACCCUACUGAGAUAGUGCCCAACGUGACCAAAGAAAUGCUUGUCUGAAAUAUCUAAGAGUCUAAUUAUACCAGUUUUCCUUUGGCUAUAAGGAGAGAUCUGAAAAGUGCCAUGCACUUGGGCACAUAACUGCUAUCUAUUGCUACAUGCCUGGGCAUUUAUACUCUUGAAGGUGAACACAGUAGAUUUAUUACAUUAAUGAUCAAGACAAAAUCAAAACUUACAGGUUGAAUUUCUGGUACUCUAUAAAGCAAUGGUCAGCCUGGGCAUUGCAAGAUUGCUGCUUCUAUUUAAAUUUAACUAUGAGUCUGUUUAAUUCUGUGUCAUGGAUCCCAAGGAACAAUUUAUGACAUAACUAGAGGUCAGACUCGGGAGAAACAAAAAUAAGUUGGCCAAAGAAUAUGGUUCCAGAUCACCCUUUAAUAAGCAGAAAAUCAAAUAGUCAUUGUACUUUCUGGACCAAUAUAAUGAUGGAGAUUGGAUUAGAAAUCCAAUCUUCAUUUUAUUUUUUUCCACUAUAUAAUUAACAAAAAUCAUGGUGGUUCAAUUUUAUUUGGUGUUUGCCCACUUCAGUGAUUUUGCUAGAACUUAAUAGAAUGGAGCUACUUUUGAAGAAAAUUCAAAGAUGAUUUUAAAAUAGUAUUGGGAAUUCUCUGAGGCUCUUUGCUCCAAACUCAGAUGCACAUUUUAUAAAGAAAGCAAUGACAAUAGACAUAGGGGUGAAGUAGAAAUUAAAAUUUAUGGGAGUGUGCCUUCCAUUUUUCAAAUUAAGGCAUUAAACUUCAAGUCCAGGUGACUUCCUGGGAGAAAUGGUGACUCUGAGCUGGUGUUAUGGCCUCCUUACUAUGCUUUCCUGCCUCUGAGGUCUGUUGUCACUACUGUCAUCUGGCUAGACAUCUGGGCUUGACAUCACCCCUCUCUGGGUGUAACAUGCCACUCAGAGGUCACUAUAUGGAACUCAGUUCAUUAGGUUGUGACAGGAUAGCUUGCCAGCUAAUGUGUCUGAGCAAGCUCAUAAAAUACACAUACACCCCGCUUUGUAUUAAAAGGCCUUGGAAUGGUUAUUGGCAGAGAGAGAGAGAGAGAGAGAGAGAGAGAGAGAGAGAGAGAGAGAGAGAAGACAAAGAUUUUCAUACUGCAUUGACAGAGCUGUGAAUAUGAAUAAGAGCAAUCUUUUGCUCUUUGUAGAACACAAGAAUUCUAUGUAUCCAGAUGUUAUAGUGUAUAAUCAGCAAAACUAGUGGCUGGGUAGCCACUGUUCGGAGGAUCCUUGUGAAAAGCACUCUUCCACUCAAUUUUUGCCUCUCAAUGAUAAAAGCCAUUGAAAACUAAUGUAAAUAUCUUGAUCAUUCAGACGCUUGCUCAUCUUUAUGGUUGUCCUCAGAGAGAAACACAAGCCAUAAGUGUGUAUAAAUGAGGACAGUAUGUGUCUAUCAGCCCUCACCGGCUUGUUUGAUCUGCUGAAGUGGUCUUUAAACGUUCUCCCUGCUAAUAGACAACAUGAUGCUUGUUCUAGUUCCUUGCUGACGUCAACACAGAGUCCCGCUGUCUGCCAUGGAGGGAAAAUUCAGGGAAGUUAUGAGAGACUCCUUGGACGUUGAACUAGUGGUGCUUCACUGGCUUCCGUGGGGGAACUUUUCAUAAACAGACAAAUGCAUUGACAUAAACGAAAGAUGAAAUCAAGAUAAUAUUUUCCCGGCAGCAAGUAAUUGGUUAGCUUUUCUCAGUUAGUAGGUUUUGGAGGUUUUUUUGUUGUGUUGUUUUAUUUUGUUAGCUCGUUGGCAGAGUGAUGAAACUUGACCAGUGUGCUGUGGUGACUACAGACUUGCAGCACCCAGCACUGGCUGUCAUACAGAUAUGAUCCUUCCCUCUUACCUCACAUUCCCAUGCAGUCCAUCACUAAUUUCCAUUUCUAGCUUUCCCUUCUCCUCCAUCCUGGUUCUACACACCAAAGAUUCCUGUGUGUUUGACUGACCUUCAUCUGAGUCGGCAAAAACUGAAGGUAAGCCAGACAGGAAAUGAUUCGAAAGUAAACCAGGAAUGUGAAUGUACUUGCAUACUGUUUGCCACCGAACAAAUGAACACUGGUGGCUCUUUCAAAUAUAUGGGCUCCCAGAAUAGAAAAUGGAACUCUAAGUGUGCUUGGUAGGGGAGUAAAUGCCUUAAAAAUGAGUUGUGAGAGGUUUGAGGGGUGGUGUAGUGACUUAGUAUUUGCAGUUCCUGCAGAGGACCUGACAUUGGUUCGUAGAACACAUGCUGGGCAGCUCAUAAAUGCCUCUUCAGGACUCUGAGGGUACCUACACUCACACAUGCAUGGACUCACACACAUUUGGACACAAACACACACAGGGGAGGAUGGUGUGACAGAAUUAGAGCAUAAAAAUGAAUCUCUUUUUAAAAACUUGGGAGAGAGAAGGAAAUUGGAGUGGCUACUAACUCUACAGCUAGACUACAAAGAACGAAUUAAGACAAGCUUCUCUUUCCCUGAACAGAAAAAGAAGGGAAAUAAUAAUAGCAGCUAACUAUAGUAGCCGACACUUAUUAUUUUGUUUGGAACCUUCUCCACAGCUCUCGCAGAUAAGUAGAAUUACGUUCCCAUUUUGCAGAUAAAAUCUAAGGCAGAAAAAAAGUGCCAAAUCAUCAGAGUCUACAGGGGCAGUAAGUUUCACACAGUUAGUUAAAGGCGGAGCUGAGAUUUAACCCAGAUGAUCUGGCUCCAGCCUGGGUUUCUAACCACAGUUCCCCACAUGCCUACCUGCUGGGUCCCAGGCUCCGUGUAAACAAGUAAUAGGAUGUUCAAGGCUAACUAUGAUUGGCCCUGUACAAAGGCAUUAAACAGAUUAAGAAAAGACUAUGCAUCUCUCUCCCCUUUGUUUCCUUUUUUAUUUUCUAUAUGUGUUUAUUUGUGUUUGUCUGCCUAUGUCUUCAUGUACGUGUAUGGGUAUGAUGAAGCCAGAAGACAGCUUGCCAAGAGUUGGUUCAUUUCUCCAAGAUCUUCAUGGGUGGUGGCAAGCAUCUAUACUCCCUGAGCCCUCUGUCAGUCCUGUGUUUUCCUUUGUUCAGUUAUACCAAUUUAACUUGGAAAAAAAAGUCCUUGGUCACAGAACACUCUGGUCACUUUUCCACAACUCUCUAAUCUUUUAAAAACAUAUGUGUAGUUUCCUGUUUUAUAAGUGAAGAACUUGAAGACUAACCCAGGGAUAUCAUUUAUUCCAUUUAUUAAGAGUCUUGCAAUGCCCCAGACACAAAUGAUGAGAGGCCAUGACAUAUCUGGGGUCCUGAGUUGCACAUAACAUUAAACUUAAUGCCCUAAGACUCAUGUGUCCUUCAGGAACAAUUUUUGUAUUUGCUGUUUGCCUAUGAUCAUAUUAUAUUUACAGUUUAGUAAAACACAGUCUUUAAGUCCAUGUUCUGGGGUGGAGGUGGUGGCAAAGAUCACACAUGCAUAUUAAUUAACAUGAAGAGAUCACACAUGCAUAUUAAUUAACAUGAAGAAUGCCUGUCUUAAACACCUACACUUCAUUUAGCUGAGCUCACCACAGGUCAAUGGCCACCCUCUGACACACUUGCUCUGUAAAUGUAUUUCUGAAAAGAAUGUGUCCUGGAGGAUGAGAUAUGAACUCAUUUGGAAGGCAUGCAGGCCCCUAGUAAGCCAAAUCAUGUUAUUUUUCAGACUCAUUUCCUACAAUUGCACCUGUUUUCUGCACUGCAAUCUGCUACUUAAACAAUGAUCUCAUUAAAAUUACAUAAUAACAAGUAAUUAGUCCAUCCCUUGAAGGGAUCCAAUAUAUUCAGACUUGAAAUGCUGUAACCACAAGUUUUUCUCAAAGACAGAUGCAUAGUCGGGCUCCUUCCAUCAAUGGACACAGGAAUGCUAAUACCUGUUCAUCUAGCAAAGGACAGUCCAUGGGAAUGCAAGGAGAUCAGGGGCCCCAUUGGUUAUUCAAGUCCUCUGAUCCCAUUUUAGCUCAGAAAGCAGAACUCUGUUUUGAUACUAUGAACUGCAUCCUCAGACCCUCAGCUAUGUACAAAACUGGGGUAAGAACUUAAAAGGAGCUCUCAUCACAGCCAGCUAAGGUGGCCCACGCCUUUAAUCCCAGCACUUGGGAGGCAGAGGCAUGUGGAUCUCUAUGAGUCUGAGGCCAGUCUGGUCUACAGAGCAAGUUCCAGGACAGCCCAGGCCAUACAGUGAGACCCUGUCUUGGGAAGGGGGUUGGGGGUGGGGGAGCUAUCAUCAAUGAAGGACUGAAAUCAGCACAAACAGUAUUCUGCAGGAAAGAGAAACAGAAGCCUGGGGGAACAAUCAAACAGAAAAUGCAGGCUAUGAAGAAUACAACGUUUUUGUUUUGUUUUAAACAGAGACUCAUGUAUGUUAGUCUGGCCUCGAAUUUAUGAUGUACUCAAGGAUAACCUUGACCGUCUAAUCCUCCUGUUUUAUGCGGGGGAGUGGAUCAAGUGCAGGACCUGAUGCGUACUAGGCCAGUACUCUACCCACUGAGCUGCAUCUCCAGCCCGAGCUGUAUAGUGUGUUGUUCCCCCAGACCUACAAUGUCCCACAGUAGUAGGAGUGUCCCCACACAUACUGUCCCUACUCUGUAAAGAUUCUCCUCCAAUUGAUUAUAAACAGACAAUGGAUCACAUUCUGUUGCCAGAUAAUCUAUCUGGCCAAUCUGGUGUGUCACUUGGGAGAGCUGAUAUCCAAUUGGGUGCCCAGUGGCAAAAACAUGCUUUGUCUUUCUUUCCACUAGACUUGGGAAAAAUUGAGCUGAGUCUAGUCUAAUUAUUAACUCAACCACAUGAAAACAAGUGAUUUUCUCCACAUUGGUUAUUUAUUUGUCUAAGGCUCCUCCCUCCUCAUGGAAGAAAGUGAGUUAUAGCAAUUCCUCCAUAGCAAGUAUAACCAGACACCAAAGUCCCUAGACAAAGUAUAUAAGCACUUAUGUUCAUUCAAGAGGAAAAUUAUGAAAGACAAGAAUCCUUCCCAUGCAUCAAUCCUAAAACUUCUGCUUAGAUGUUCUGUCCAUGUAUGGUAAAGAUUCAAAAGUCUCCCGUUUGUUUAUCCAGAACAUUGGCAAUAUUUAAGACCCACAUAUAAGUGGAAGAUCCAAGACACUCUGAACAUGUAUGUGAAUAUGUCCCAGGUUCUUCAGAUGCUCUUAAAUAUAUAUGUGAAUAUACAUGUGCAUAUGCAUAUUUCUAGACCUCCAAUGUUGGCUGUCAUUACUGACCAAGAAGAAAGUUCUCGUGCGUACUUGUGGAAAACAUUAACUUAGCAAUUACCAUAGAAAUUCAUUACAUCGAGUUGGCUUUGUUGUUGUUUCGGGAACAUUUGAGACGAUUGCUAGAUGCUUUCGAGCCUUCUCUGGUGUUGACAUAUGUGUUUGUGUCAAAAGUGUAAAGCUCUUUUUUCCUGCAAUACGGAGUUACCCCAACUCUUUUUCUCCUCCAGAGGAAUCAAGUAAUAGUUUUAGAGCACAAAUUGAGCUAAAACAAGAUCUUGACUCUUGUAACUUAAAGGUAUUUUAUUCACCUUAACCAACAAUGACCAGGAUCUUUUUGUAACGGAUAUUAAAAAUAGUUGAAUUUGUAUGCUUGUGAUAUGCAUUUGUUUAUUUAUGUGUGUGUGUACCCUUUAAUAAUAGUGCUAGGUAAGCAGAAUUGUGCUUUUCUUCCUUGAGAGUCUCAUGGCAGGUGCUGUUCAGGUCACUCAUCCAAAGCUCAUUACACUUCAACAAAACUGGACAAGUUUGCACUUGAAUUCUGUUCCUGUUGUCUGGAAGCCAGGCUAACUAUCUAACAAUACAAUAUCUUUAAUGGGUUAAUAAAAAGACGAUCAUCUACUUUUUAAAAGGCAUAUUUUAAGACUAAUAAAGAUGUGGUAGAGCAACCCAAAGUAA